GGCCAGCCGGCAUGUCGUCAUUAUCAGCGCUGAGGGCCGCCGUCAGUCCAUGUGUGACAGACUGAUAAAUCUCUCUGAAUAAAAUAAUUUUAAAGUUAAUCCGUAUUUAUUCCAAACAACUUCCCAACAUGCCAAAGAAGAGUAAAGAAGAAGCGGAGUGGGUGGGAGAUGAAACGGCUCCAGCAGCAGGUAAAACCCCGUUAAUGUUCAGAUUGAAGCUCGCCGGCUCAUUAGCAUCACAGCUAACGGAGUGCCACUGAACCAAACUACGUUAUAAAGUCCACGAAUUUAAAGGAAAGCUUGUUUAUAGGUUAUAUGAAAAUGUCACCAGCUGCUUUAUGUUUAUAAUGUUUCUACAAUGUGUUCCGGUGAAUUCGUCCUUAAUAAAAUAAGCAUAAGUGCAGUGUUUUUGGUGAAAUGUUGUUUUUUGUAACAGCAGUUGAUGAUAGUAAACUGAUGAUGACAUAAGGCCUUAAGCGCUGUAAUACACUGACAUAGUGUUAUGGCCAGAUGAAUCGAGGUUACAAAGUUUAGACUCAGAAUAAAGUGCUGUUGUUUGAGUCGAUGGAGGUUAGAAAGGUUUUCUUUUAAUUCAUGCUAAUGAUAAGAAUGAAAGCUACAUGAAUGAGCACGCUGGAAAAAAACCGUUUGACUCAUUGACAUACAUUAAAACUGAUUUUAAAGAAAAAUGUGGUUUAAAUAUGAAAAUGGACGGGUCAUGUUCAUCCAAAGGGAAGGAAGCAAAUCUGAGCUAAAGUUAGCAACGCCGUAACUGACGAUUAAACUGAUCAAUAGGCGACAUAUUACUACAACUGAUCAAUAAAUAUCACUGUUAGUGAUCAAUAAAUCUAGCUAUAACUGUUCAAUAAAGAAUAUCGUAACUGAUCCACAAAUAUCACAAUAACUGAUAAAUAAGUCACUAUAACCCAUCCAUAAAUAAUACCAUAGCUGAUCCAUAAAUCACUAUAAUCCAUCAAUAAAUAUCACUAUAACUGAUCAGUAAAUAAUACUAAAACUGAUCAAUAAAUAAGAGUAUAACUAAUCAAUUAUUCAAACUAUAACUGAUCAAUGGAUGACUUUACUCUGUAAUUACCUAACUAAUUCAAACUAAGAACUUAGAACUAUGUUACUCAUAAUUAAUUACUCAAAAUGAACCUGCCAUGUUAAAUCUCUCAGCCUCUGUCACACAUCUCCUGUCAUACAGAGAUAAUGUUAAACCUGAACAGUGUUCAUCUGUAUGGACCCAGCAGCCAGUGUGAUGAUAAUAAUGUAUGAUGAUCAUUAAGGACUCUGUUAUGUUGAUUUCUUAUAGAAAAAGCAGUGAAGAAGGGGAAAGGCGCAAAGAAGGGCAAAAAGAGUGUGAGUAUCAAUAAAGAUUUAUUAACCCGUAGAGUUCAAUCUGGAGACUGCUUUAACUGUUUGUUUUGCUUUAACUGCAGUUUUUUGAGGAGCUGGCCACAGAGAGUAAAGAUGAGAAGGUGGAGGAGGCACCAGUGAAGGAAACUCACAGUAAACAGGUAACAGACCAUGUUUACAGGUAACAUUCACCUGAAAAUCAUGACUGAUGAAAUCUGUCAAAAACAGAGUAAACUGUCAGUUUAAACACAGAUACAGCUGAUUGUUUAUUUACCUUCAAUAAUUCAACAUUUUCAGUCCAACUCAGAUCAUUUUAAGUCUAUAUUUAACUGAAAACAGUUUAGAGACAACAUAUAUGUUGAAACUGUGUAGAGCUUAAAAGCAACACUGGACCUGGGCCCAUUUCAAAUUGACUGACGCAAAAGUUGAAAACUGUCUGGUAGUUUGACCAAUCAAAGCCUAACAUUUUAUUUGGAAAUCCUGGAUGCUUGUUUCCAAAGAGCAGAGGAACUGCUAGACCUGGAGCAGUGACCACAGGAAUGAAAUACUGUUUUAACAAGCCAACUGCUGUGCAUUGUUGCUGAUGACUCCACUGGUACCGAAACCAAAUGUUACUGAAAAAGGAGAAACUGCUGAUUUAGACUAGGUCAUCUUAAUCUUCUCAUCUUUACACACAAGUUGCAGACAUACUCAGUAUCUGGUUGAGGAGAUGGUGCAGUUUUUCAUCAUGACGAAACGGCUUUCGGGUCAACGCUUUGAAAGUUUGACAAGCAAUACAGGUUAAUUUUUCAGAAAUUGCUGUCCCGACAAUGUACAACAUAGUCAGAGCAUUGGUUCGAAGUAAGCUUAUUGAAGUGGAUUACUUCUCUGUAACCUCUGACAUGUGGUCAAGCACCAAUAUGAGUCUUUACUUGAGCCUAACUGCACAUGAUCUAAUUUCAGACUGGCUUUUUACAUCACAUUGUCUUGGAACAGGGUUCAUGUCAUAGAAUCACACGUCUAACUUUGCCUAUGUACAGCCCAGUUGCCCAGCUAAAGCUAAGACAUGUUUGGUGGUUUUAUUCAUUGGUCUGCAGACAUGCUGAUACAGGGUGAACUGAUCUGAUUUAAAUUCAGGUUCAUACAGCCAGCUCUGUAAACUUAAAAAAAGAUCCAAGAUCAGCUCUGACAACAUCAAAAACAGAUCCAGGAUCAGCUCUGUGAGGAUCUGUAACUGUGUUUGACUCUGCUUGUGGAUCACACAGGUUUGAUAUGACUGUUUGUUUUCAGCCUCAGAAGAAGAAGAAGGAUCGGAGGAAAGGAAAAGGAGCAGGGGACGAUGAUGAUGAGGGUGAAGAUGUGAUGCUGAAGCUGAAGAAGCUCUCAGUUCAGGCCAGUGAUGAAGAGGGGGAGGAAGAUGAGCCAGGUGAGAGGCUGUCACUCUGAUCUGAAUUUUAUAAAUGUGUGAUUUAUACAGUCGAUCCUGUUUUUCAGCCAGUGUUACUAAUGUUUGAACUUCUGUAUUUACAGUCGUAGUCCAGAGCCGAGGGGGCAAGAAGGGCAAGGUAAGUGGGCAACACGACACAACUCAACACAACGCAACACAACACAACACAACGCAACACAAUCUUCUGAGUUUAUGUUCCUCACUGUGAGUUUAUGAUCCUUGUUUCUGCAGGGAGGAAACAUCUUUGCAGCUCUCAGUCAAUGUCAGAGUGAUGAGGAAGAGGAUGACGGGGAUGAAGAUGAGAAACCAGCUGAAAAGGUAAUCUGCUAUGUUUCACAUUAAAGUUAGUGUAAGCAGAGGACAGGUGUAGUGUGAGGCUGCAGGCAACAAGACAACAACAACUUUCAGGUACUCUGUUGUCAGCAGGUAAAGAAGACAAACAUGAUACAGAUGAAACAACAGACAGGCAUGAGAGGAAAAAACACAUAAUGAAAUAAAUGAGCGGAUAAAGAGUUUAAAAAUGAAAACAGAUCAGAGAAUAUAAACCUAAACACAGAUAAAAAUAGAUGAAUAAAUAUCUAUAAAGAAAUAAAAGACAAUAAGAAUUACAAACAGUGGUGGUGAAGAAACAGAGCAGAACAAGGGAAAGAAAAAGUAACUAAAGGUAGAUAUAAAGGUGACCUCAGGUGAAACAGGUGUGAGUUUAAAGCUGUCAAUAGUAAUGGGGAAUCUGCAGCUCUUUUCUCAGAGGGUUAUAGGGGGCGGAGCCAAGAGACUGCUAUGUUACCUGUUUGAAAUAGAAGCAACAUCAAUAUCUGGACAGAACAUCACUUAUAGACGUACACCUGAUAUAUCUGUGUGUGGGAAUGUGUGUGAAUGUGUGUAUAUCUGUGAAUGUGUGUGUAUGUGAAUGUGUGUGUAUGUGGAUGUGUGUGUGUGUGUGUGUGUGUGUGUGUGUGUGUGUGUGUGAUUCAGGAAGUUGAUAAAGCAAAGAAGAAAGAUCAGUCUAAGCCCAAGAAGGUUAAGGUGGGUGCUUACGUACUUCUCUGUGUUUCCGGGUGUUUCACAGCUGUUUAUUAACGGACCCUGUUUUAUUAACUGACUGUGUGUCAUCAUUAACGGACAUUUUAUCUCAACUAACCCUUUUUAUUUACUGACGCUGCUUUUUCUAACUAACACGGUCUCCUGCAUGGUGCUGUGUCUCCUGAUUCAUCUGUCCUUCCAUUGGUCUCUUUCUCUCUCUCUCUCUCUCUCGCUCUCUCAUCUCUCUGAGUCUGAGCUACGGUGGCCCUGAAGGUCAGGAACUGAGCGACAGCUAAGGCAAAGUUGUUUGAAGCACUGUGACAGUUCAGGUGCUGUGACCUCAGACAGGUGCAUUUACAGAUAGCAGUGUAUCUAAGGUUGUCCCAUUUAUAGCCUUGUUUAAAUGCAGCACAUAGAUAUGCCCCUUUGUUUCAAGGGCAUCCAGGCUGGAUCAGGUACAAGUAUUUUUUAAACCAUCUGUUCCCAUGUUCCUUUGUGUUCCAAUUCAAACAAGUAGGGGGUUGCAGUAUUUGAGAACCCUUAUUUCAGCCUCUGAGGUGCUUCAUUUCAGCUACUGUCUUUAGUAAGACAUUUCAAAGACCUCCAAUGCCCAGCACUCCAGAACCCUUUAGUUACAACUAUAGACUGUAUAUGGUAUGAACAACAUGGCAUCGCCUCACGCAAUAGUACUUAUUAGCCAGUAAGCGAUAGGUGAUAGGCCAUGACAAUUAUACAAUCCUGUGUGGACAAGAGAUUUUUAUUCAACACAAAGAUCCUUCAGGGGAGAAUAACCCUGAGCCUCGACUCAGCUGCUGUGAGUUUACCCUCAGGGCCACUGUAGCUUUUAAAUUGAGUGUUGAGUGCUGGGGUAAAGUCGGUAUGUUUGUGUGUGUGUGUGUGUUUGUGUUAGGCUGAAUCUGAUGAAGAGGAGCAGGAGAAGGCAGAUGAAGGAGAGGAGAAAUCUGCGAAGAAGAACAAGAAGACUGGCGCCAAGGCCAAGGUGAGUGAGGGGGCAAAGGAUCAGACUCUCAUUUUAUAAAUACCUGAUGGUUUUAAAGAGCUAACAGAGUCUGAAUGAUGACCCCGUGUUUCUCUGAUCAGCUGUAGUAUCUAUAUCUAAUUACCUGUAAACUCUGAUCUCACACCGUGAGUUUUUGUAAUAUUAGGUGUUUCUGUGUGAUUUAUAAUCUGAGGGUAAGCAGGUGAGACACUCAGAUCUGCAGACUUAGAGGCUAAGAGAUGAGCUCAGGUGUUUAAAUCAGUCUGAGUUUUCCUGCUCUGAGUUUGCCUGUCCUUAACACAGAAGGGGAAACCUGCAGAGAAGAAUCCCUCUGAGGAAGAGGAGGAGGAAGACAGUGAUGGAGGAGACAUGAUGAUGGUAUGACAGACACACAGAAACACACUCACUCUCCUUUUUUUUUAGGAUAUGUUGUAAAUCUCUAUUACAGUUAUCAGUAGCUACAGUUAUCCUGUGUUUGGUUGUGUGUGUCUCAGAGUGCUGAGGAUGUUAUUGCUGAGCAGAUGGAGCAGCAGGGGGACGACCCGUACGCUAACCUCAGUAAGAAGGAGAAGAAGAAAAAAAAGAAGCAGGUGAGAACUCAGUGUCAUGUGACUCAUGUGAGGAUUUAAAGGGUUAUUGCAGGCUCUUCAUCAGACUCUGUGAGGAUGAAGAAAAGUUAGUUUGUAAUGGUUGAUGACCACAGAGGAAAGCUCCGAGGACCAGCUGUCAGUUUGAUGAUCUGGACCUUAAUUAUCUGACAUAGAUGAUAAAAAUAGUGGACUUUACCCUUUGAUGGAACUGUUUACUCUUACUUUAAUCCUUAUUUUAUCAGCUAGAGUAUGAGCCAAACAGUAUGAUUAUAAAUCUGUUGAUGAGUAUUUAUCUUGUUCUCCGUGUUUGUCAUCAGCUGGAGUAUGAGCGUCAGGUGGCGAGCGUCCGUGCUCAGAACGCUCUGGAGGGAGAUUUCUCCAUCUCUCAGGCUGAGAUGUCAUCCAGACAGGCCAUGCUGGAGAAUGCCUCAGAUAUCAAGGUACAUAUUUCAUUAUUGUUAUGAAUGUUAUUAUCAUAGAUGUAGACACAUAGAUGCCACCCAGAAGAGUGUCCGCCUUGCAUCUUGGAGAAGAUUUCUGUUUAAAGCACUGAUGUAAAUUUAAAGUAUCCUGUGUAAUCAAGUUCUGAAAAUAGAAAUGAUCAAGUGUUAAUUUCUCAUCCAAGAAGUUUUAUUUUUUUUUUUAGGGGCUCAACCUUUUAAAAUGUGAAAAAAUUGUAAUGAGAAAACUGAACAGAAAACUAUUUUAGAUUCCAGUUUUCUUCAGACUUAUUCUUAGUGAGAAAAUCAGCAUGUCCAAGUGGCCAAGUGUACUUAGGUCAGGACCGGAGUUAAAGUGUUUACAGAUGUCUCAAACUCUGUUAUUGUUCCUUUUAGCUGGAGAGGUUCAGUAUUUCUGCUCACGGGAAAGAGCUCUUCGUAAACGCAGACCUUCUGAUCGUCGCAGGAAGAAGAUACGGUCUGGUUGGACCAAACGGGUAAAUUUAUCAGAUCACUAAUGAUAGACACGGUCAUUCCUCCUGCUGUAACUCACAUUAAAAUCAGCUGUUUCUGUACCCCUGGUAACAAUAGUCUGACUUUCUUUUUCUGCAGCAAAGGAAAAACCACGUUAUUGAAGCACAUCGCUAACAGAGCCCUGAGUAUUCCUCCAAACAUUGAUGUGCUGCUGUGUGAGCAAGGUGAGUCACCUGGUUGUACAUUCAUAACUCAGUACAAAGGAGAUCAGCUGGUAGAGCCAACCAGGAGCUGUAUCAGCCAACAGAGCUAUCUAUUAUGAUGCCAUACUCGUCUGUGUCUCUGUAGAGGUCGUGGCUGAUGACACUCCGGCGGUGCAAGCAGUGCUGAAGGCUGACACUCGCCGUCUGAAGCUUCUGGAGGAGGAGAAACGGUUACAGGCUCGACUGGAGAAAGGAGAGGACAGCGUGGCGGAGAGGCUGGAGAAGGUCAGUGAGGGGGUUCUUGUAGAAAUGGAGCAGACUGGUGAACCUUGAGUCCAGGAGAUCUGAUCAUGUUAUCUGAGCUGUAAAAUUUACUCGUCCCUUUGUGGCUCCACCCUCUCAGGUGUACGAGGAGCUGAGGGCCAUUGGGGCGGCAGCGGCGGAGGCUAAAGCUCGUAGGAUCCUAGCCGGUUUGUCUUUCACCCCAGAGAUGCAGAACAGACCCACAAAGAGGUUCUCUGGAGGCUGGAGGAUGAGAGUCUCUCUGGCCAGGUACACCCACAGACCCUCUGAUCAUCUGUAUCUACCUUAUGAAGCAGUCAGAGGCUGCUUUUGCCCUGUCCCACUCUGUCUCACCCUGUCUCCCUGUCUUCCCUCAGAGCUCUCUUCAUGGAGCCCACUCUGCUGAUGCUGGAUGAACCCACUAAUCACCUGGACCUGAACGCUGUCAUCUGGCUUAACAAGUACACACCUGUUCCCUUCAUUAAAGCUCUAGUUAAUCAUGGAUUCAUAUGAAGACCUUCAUGGGAAGUUAGGAAGUAUAACACUGUCUUAUCAGAAGUACUAUGUAACCCUGUGUGUGUGUGUGUCUGUGUGUCUCAGUUACCUGCAGGGCUGGAAAAAAACUCUGCUCAUAGUUUCUCACGAUCAAAGUUUCCUGGAUGACGUCUGCACGGACAUCAUCCACUUAGACAACCAGAAGCUCUACUACUACAGAGGGAACUACUGUGAGUGAACCAAAGAAUGAAUGUCAGAGAGUCUCUGAGGCUCAAACACUGAGUCAGUUUAAGGAAAGACACUUAAGACGGUCUAGUAAGAUAAAAAACAAUAACAGUGAACAACAAUAUUAUGUUGAGGUGUUAUAGUCAGAGAAUUGUUUACCUGAUUUUACUGGAUUUUCAUUGAUAUUGAUGUAUUUUAUUGUAUAUUAAUGUAUGUUUUUAUUCAUGUACAGCGUCUUUGAGUUUGUGAAAAGCGCUUUACAAAUAAAAUGUAUUAUUAUUAUUGUUAUUAUUAUUAAGAGUGGAAAACAAGAGCAGUUAUAAUGAAAAACAGUCAUGCAGUUGAUGUUGAUGUUGAUGUCUUAAAUGUAGAUGUCGGCGUUGUUGAUGUCGGUGAUGUUGAGGUUUUUGAUGUUGAUGCCGUUGAGGUUGUCGUCGUUGAUGUCUUUGUUGUUGUUGUUGAUGUUGUCGUAGUUGAUGUUUUUGAUGUCCCCGUUGUAAACUCUGUGUUCUCUGCGGUUGUGUUGUCUCUCAGUGACGUUUAAGAAGAUGUAUGUUCAGAAACAGAAGGAGCUACAGAAACAGUAUGACAAACAGGAGAAGAAGCUGAAGGAGCUGAAGGCCGGCGGCAAGUCCACUAAACAGGCCGUAAGUCAUCCCCUUUAACUCACCCUGAACCUCACCAUCACCCCUCCCUCACUGUCUGUCUCACUCAGUGUACAAGAUUAUGUUUUGAACCCCUCUCUCUUGCUUUCUCUUUGUCUCUCUCUCUCCCUCUUCAGGAGAAGCAGACUAAGGAGGCUCUGACCAGGAAACAGCAGAAGGGAAGGAAGAAAGGAGGUCAAGAGGAGGAGAGUCAGGAGGCUCCAGAGCUGCUGAAGCGACCCAAAGAGUACACCGUCAAAUUCACCUUCCCUAACCCUCCACCUCUGUCCCCUCCCAUCCUAGGCCUGCACAGUAAGAACAUAUGCACACAAUUGAGUCCACUCUAUAGUACAUUUACAAACGCUCACACUCACAGCUGAUGUCUUUACCUGUCCAGGUGUGGACUUUGGAUACGACAGUCAAAAAAUACUCUUCAGAAACGUCGACUUUGGAAUUGACAUGGACUCUAGGAGUGAGUAUGAGCUCUGCUGAGCUUACUAUUCUGUUCGCUUUAGAGAGCUGGUAUUCUGCUGUUUUUCAUGUUCAGGUUCAUGUCAGACUGUCAGGUAAAGAUAUUACAGUAUUAAACUGUCUGUUUAACUCAGUAAUGACAUGUAAGAUGCAUUUCAAUAGUGAAGGAGGAACCCAGAAAUAUGUGUUUGCGAACUCUGGGUUCUGAAGUUGUUUUAAGUCUCUUAAAGAGACAGUAGCUGAAAUUAAGUUUUUUGAAGACUCCAAUCAGAGAUCAGGAAAUAGUUUUUGGAGUAAAUCAGGUAAAGAGACUCCAGAGCUCUCAAAGAGAGGAGAGACCCUGAAUCUUUAGGGUCUGUUGGAUUUUUACAUUCUGCCAGCCUUUAUUGCCUUAUUUAUUCUCCCUAUGAGUCAGUUGGUUCUUAAAAUAUGCUUAUUACAAAGAAUAGUGUCACUCUCUCUCCAGUCUGUGUUGUUGAUUUUUUUUCAUACAUAAGGACAGUAACAUUCAUGUAGUAAAGCGUUCAUAUGUAAAUGUUAUAGUGAGUUUUUCUGUCCUUAGUCUGUAUCGUGGGUCCCAAUGGUGUGGGGAAGAGUACUCUGCUACUGCUGCUGACGGGGAGAAUCAACCCUGUGAGUGUGGAGACAUUUACAGUUAUAACUGAGUUCAUGUGAUUUAAUAUGAAAUUGACGAAAUUAAUAAACACUUUAUGAUUAAAAUAAUCAGGCUACAUUUAGACUGAACUGACUGUGUUUGUGUUUCAGACUAAGGGAGAGAUGAGGAAGAACCACCGACUGGUGAGUUUCAUUAUGAACUGAUACACACUGUGUCCGUCUGAGCUCACCUAUACUCACCUGAGCUCAAACAGAGUCGGUCUGAUGAUAUGAAACAUCAUGAUAUGAGUGUUUGAGCUGAAGGAUAAAGAGCAGUUUAUUUACACACUGACACCUGAUGCUGAUACACUCUGAGCUGUUAGACUGAUUCAUGUGUGUGUGUAUGUUUGUGUGUGUGCAGAAAGUGGGCUUCUUUAACCAGCAGUAUGCUGACCAGCUGAACAUGGAGGAGACGGCCACAGAGUACCUGAUGAGGAACUUUAACCUGCCUUAUCAGGACAGCAGGAAGUGCCUUGGCAGGUUUGGGCUGGAGAGCCACGCCCACACCAUCCAGAUUUCCAAACUCUCAGGUGAGAUCUCCUGAACAGUCUGAAUAGGUGUUACUGUAGCUGCUGAUGGAGGGGGUGACCUGACCUGGUGUGAUCAGGUGUCCCGUUUUGGACAGAUCUGAGCUCAUCUGGUCACACCUAGACCUGUGGUCCUGUUUCUACAGGUGAUCCCUGUAUACAUAGGACCUAUCUAGCUGUGAUCAUGUGACUGAGAUCACGUGAUUGUGGUCAUGUGACUGAGCUGAUUUUCUUGUGUUUUUCCUCUCAGGUGGUCAGAAAGCUCGGGUGGUGUUUGCCGAGCUCUCCUGUCGUCAGCCGGACGUCCUCAUCCUGGUGAGGCUCUUGACACUCGCUGUUUUCACAUAUAACUGGCAAGCAGUCUGUGGGCAGCGACUUCUACCUGAGUGUCUAUCUGUGAGCUGAUGACUGAGCGUGUACCGCCUGCACACUGAGGGCAGCUUCAGAACUUUGAUUAAAGGAGUCAUCAAGCUGUAUUAAUAUCAGGCUGUAUGACAGAAUGAGUAUCAGUAUAAAAGCAUAAAGCAUCAGUGAUGCUCUUUGUAUUUGAUAUUCUCUGUUUGUCUGUGGUCUUUCCUCCCUCUGCAAUUUUAAACACAAACUUUGAAAAUAUUUUGUGCCCACAGCCAUCAGACUAUUUCACUCUUCUGUAAAUAGUAACAGAGAUAGCAUGAAACUACAAUUUAAUUUGAUGAAUCAGCUUUUUCUGGUUAAAUCUAAAGAUAAUUUUUGGUAAUAAUCUUAGUUUGUGAUUUUUUUAUUUCCUAGGAUGAACCGACCAAUAAUCUGGACAUCGAGUCGAUUGACGCUCUGUCAGAGGCCAUCAACGAGUACAAAGGAGGUGAGAAGACAGUUUAUUGUAAAACAGUGUGAUAGUUGUGGGUCUGUUUUCGUGUCAGAUGGAUGUAUAAAUGAUGUAUAAAAGUGUGCUGUAAUUUAACUCUGACAAGUUGGGCUCGGAUCAAACUGACGUCACAGUCAUUGGGUAUAAACUCCAUUCAGGGCUAUUCGGACUUAAUGGAGAAAACUAUUAGAAUCUGAGUAAAUGAGUUUGAGUUCAGAUCCCUUUAAAUUUAAACCUCUACCACAGUGAGGACUCAGAGAUGCACACUGCCACCCAGUGGACAGCAGAGGUGCUGCAGGCUUUGCAGCUGAUUAUGUUUCUGAUAGGAGAGUCAUGUCUGCCUUUCUUCACCGGAUACUCAGUUUUAAUAUCCAACCGUCAGAGUCAGAUCUACUGGUCUGACUGUUUCAAACCUCAGAGACACUCAGUAAUUUACCUGAUAAAAGAAACUAACCUGACCUCCUCAGUAACACCCUGUCUCUCUGUGUCUCCCCCGUCUCCCCCUCUGCGUGGACCAGCUGUUAUCAUUGUGAGUCACGACGCUCGACUGAUCACAGAGACUCAGUGUCAGCUGUGGGUGGUGGAGGACCGCACCAUCAACCAGAUCGACGGAGACUUUGACGAUUACAAGAGGGAGGUGCUGGAGGCGCUGGGAGAGACCAUGGUCAACAAGGUCAACCCCUGAGCCAUCAGUUGGACUCUGACCCCUCACCUGGACAACAUCUGGACCCUGAUCACUCCUGGUUAAGGCUUUCUCUUUCUGAGGACUGUCAGCAUGUUUCACUCUCAGUUCAAUAGUAAUCUGUAUCUGGAUCAGGAUCUGGUCUCUGUGUAGUCUGGGUCAUAUUGCAAUGGACUCCACCUGAAGUUGUAACACCUGCAUCACCUGUAUGGUGUUAAAUGUGUAUAAACAGACAGAGAGGAUCCCCUGAACCUGAAUAAGUAAUAAACACUCUAACCAGAGAUCCACAGA